UAGAGAGUUUAGGGUUCAAGAGUUCUUCUUUCAUACAAAAUGGGAAUAAUUGGAAAUUUGAAUUACUUUUAAUCCCAAUCUCUCGUUUGUGGCGCUAUCCCAAGAAGUCCAAUUCUUCUUUUUGCUCAUCAAAUCAAAAUCAGAUAAAAUUAAACAAACUCCUUUGAUUGAAUCUCAUCUCAUUUCUCAUUGAUUAUUAAGAAGAAAAUGGCGUCGGUGGGAGGAGUGGUGAGUCGGGCGAGCAGAAUGAGGACGAAGCUUCAAUCGGCGUUGGAAGCGAUUGUUUUGGAAAUCGAAGACGUCUCCCACCAGCACGCCUCGCACGCCGCCAUGAAAGACAGCAACGCCCAAGAGACGCACUUCAACGUCAAAAUCGUGUCUCCCAAAUUCCAUGGCCAAACCCUCCUCAAACGACACCGCAUGGUCUACGCCGCUCUCUCCGACGAGCUUCACUCCGGUCUCCACGCCCUCUCCAUCGUCGCCAAAACUCCCGACGAGCAAUCUAGUUGAUGGGGAAGAGCUAAAAGAACCCGGUUUUUUGCUCGGUUUGAGAAUGUUGCCUCUCACCAACUGUUGCAAGACCGGAUGCAUAAUUGUUAUUCUGCUGUUUCCGUUUUUCGUUCACUUGUUAGCGCCCAAUUAGCUGAAGUGGAAAGUCAUGGGAAGAAGUUUCUAGGUUGAGAUAUUUACAAUAUUAUUAUCAAGGUAUGCAACGCUUUGCUCUCAGAGUUUUACCAAUAUAGUGCGUUAUACAUAUAGCUUCUGAUGGUGAUUGAUUUUUUGCCAAGUUAGUAAUGAAAUUAAGAUCUUGUUCGCCACUGAUUUUCUCACAAAUACUUCUUAUAUACCAAAAAUGAUUGUUUAAUGGGAUCAAGAGAGUUGCUUAUAAUCCAAAAUUAACGAGAAGCUAGUACAAAGAAAGAGCCAAAUGAUCAUUAUUGAUGAGGACAACAGUAUGA